AUGCAGAGCAUUGUACGAGCCGGCCGUGUGGCUGCUGCGCGAUCCUCACACCGCGCCCUCGCAUCGCAGACUCCUCGAGCCCUCUCCCGCGCCCUCGUUGCUACCACGACGCCGAGCAGCCGCCUGUACACAACGUCCAAGGAUGGCAGGAACUCGUCCAUCUACGCCGCCUUCCUCAACCUGCUGGCCAGCUCCAGCUCCCGCCGCGAAGUCGACCAGUACCUGGGCCAAUUCCGCUCCGUCUCGCCGCACCAGUUCGCCGUCGUCAAGGUCGGAGGCGCCAUUCUCACUGACCAUCUCGAGGAACUAUGCUUUGCCCUCCAGCAGCUCCACGCCAUCGGCCUGUACCCCAUCAUCGUCCACGGCGCCGGCCCCCAGAUGAACCAGCUGCUCCUCGACUCGGGCGUCGAGCCCGACUUCAUCGACGGCAUUCGCGUCACGGACAAGAAGACGCUGGGCAUUGCACGCAAGCUGUUCCUCGAGGCAAACAUGGACCUGGUCAUGACGCUCAAGAGGGACUGGGGCGUGCCCGCCCGCCCCAUUACCGCUGGCGCCCUGCAGGCCGACUACCUGGACAAGGACAAGUGGAAGUACGUCGGCAACAUCACAAACGUCAACAAGAGGCAGAUCAUGGAUGCCCUCGAGAACAAGGAACUGCCCAUCCUGUGCUCCAUGGGCGAGACCCUGGACGGCCAGAUUCUCAACAUCAACGCCGACGUAGCUGCCGCUGCUCUGGCCCGCGAGUUCCAGCCUCUCAAGGUCAUCUACCUUUCGGAGAAGGGAGGACUGUUCAAUGCCGAGUCUAAGCUCAUUCCCCACAUCAACUUGGAGGGCGAGUACGACACCUACAUGAAGCAGUCCUGGGUGAGGUACGGCACAAAGCUCAAGAUUGUAGAGGCCAAGAAGCUCCUCGACGGCCUCCCGCGCACCUCGAGUGUGGCCAUCACACACCCCUCGAACCUUGGAAAGGAACUCUUCACCCACACCGGAAGUGGUACCCUCAUCCGGAACGGUGGCAGCGUCAAGGAGACCAGCACAUUUGAAGAUUUGGACGUAUCUGCCUUGUCACAGGCAAUCAUGAAGAGCCGUGCUGUUGAGGCCAGCGACGCCGUCAACAAGUACAUCCAAAACCUGAAGAACCGACCAUUCGAGGUAUUCCACGACGAUUCCAUGGGCGUCGUUGCCGUCGUAUACCCGCCCACUGCAGAGGGUGAGUUUGCACAGCUCUCGCAUUUCAGCAUGACCAAGGAUGCUUUCUUGAACAACCUGAACGAUCUCGUCUUCCAGCGCAUGAAGCAAAAGUACCCCAAGAUGUACUGGAUCGUAGACGACCAACCACAAAACUACGUCAAGUGGCAUCUGGAGAAGACCGAUGGUUUCCUCCGUCGCGAGAAGGAAGUCUUUUGCUGGUGGGGCGCGGCUGAGUCUUCGGAGAUCUUCGGGCUGCUUGAGAACUACCAGAAGCAGGGUCGCAGCAUGUUGAAGGACAGCCUGGAUGCUCAGUUCAGACGAGCGGCCGACUUUGUGGCCAGCCUAAAGCAGGGUCAGCAAACACGUGGCUACGCGACCAUGGCCCGUCAACCUGCUAGGCCUCAACUUGGACAGAACAGGACUAUCCCUGCGUCGACACGAGGCUUCGCUACCACAGCAUCACGCUCAAUGGACACAACUAACCCCAACCCGCCAUACGGUAUCAAGCACAAGCACAGGGACUACCCCGCCAAGGUUGCGUUGAUUGGUGCACGAGGAUACACAGGGCAGGCUCUUAUUGAGCUGCUUAACAAGCACCCCAACAUGGACCUGCGCCAUGUAUCAUCACGUGAACUCAAUGGCAAGAAGCUCGAAGGUUACACCAAGCGACAAAUCACCUACGAGAACCUGUCAGCCGAGGAUGUCGAGAAGAUGGCCGAGAACAACGAAGUCGACUGCUGGGUCAUGGCCCUUCCCAAUGGCGUAUGCAAGCCCUUUGUUGACGCCAUCAACAAAAGUGGCAAAGACACUGUCAUCGUGGAUCUGAGCGCUGACUACCGCUUCGACGAGACAUGGACCUACGGCCUACCGGAGCUGAUUGAUCGCUCCAAGAUUUCUGACGCUACACGCAUCGCAAACCCGGGUUGCUACGCUACUGCUGCUCAACUCGGCAUUGCGCCUCUGCUUGAGUUCAUCGGUGGUCAGCCCACUGUCUUUGGUGUCUCGGGUUACUCUGGCGCAGGCACAAAGCCUAGCCCAAAGAACGAUGUGAAGAACCUCGAGAACAACCUCAUUCCGUACAGUUUGACGGAUCAUAUCCACGAGAAGGAAAUUUCAAAGCAGCUAGGUACUGAGGUUGCGUUUAUUCCUCAUGUUGCUGUUUGGUUCCAGGGUAUUCACCACACCAUCUCCAUCCCCCUCAACCGUACAAUGACGUCCCGCGAUAUCCGCAACAUCUACCAAGACCGCUACGCCGGUGAGAAGCUUGUCAAGAUCGUGGGCGAGUCCCCACUUGUUAAGAACAUCUCUGGCAAGCACGGCGUUGAGAUUGGUGGUUUCGCCGUCCACAGCUCCGGCAAGCGCGUCGUUGUCAAUGCUACUAUUGAUAAUCUGCUCAAGGGCGCUGCUACACAGUGCCUGCAGAACAUGAACUUGGCACUGGGUUACGGUGAAUACGACGGCAUUCCAUACUAG